AAGACAAUGAGGGUACGCUACGAAAUCACUGAGGCUUCUAACUUUAACAAAACACGAGCAUUAUUCAUUGCAAAUAUCACGGACAGUUUAGAUAUCGAUGAGUUUAGAAAUAUUAUGGUUGAAGAGGCCAGAAGGGAAAAAUGUACUAUAGAGAGAGCUUGGCUUAAUAGUUCUCGUUCACAUUGCUACGUUCUCUGCUCUGAUACCCCCGGAGCUGUUGCUAUUCAAGCCAAGCUGAAUGGUUUUAAUUUUGCGGAGGAUUCUAACGUUUCGGCGGAAAAAGCCGAUAGCCAAAACAGACUUUUUGCCGAUUUCGUGCCAGUGAGAGCAAUCGAAAGCUGGAUUGAACAGGAAAAAGAGGGUCCACCAGACGCUAUAUGGAAGAUCACAUAUGUAGAUAAACCUUCGAAGGAGAAAAUUGGGACAUUCUUCAAGCUAGUCAUACAUGAAAUGGUGAACUAUCCAAAUGCUUCCCUGGGUUACAUAAGGGUUCAGAGAAACAAUAGAAGUACCAAUAAGUCCACUCGAGCUAAUGAAAUUAUAGGUGUAAGCACCUAUGUACCAGACAGAGUGAGACCGCCUGCUAGGAGAAUAGGUAGCAUUGAUAGGUUGAGAGGACGAGAUAGGUCUAGAUAUGGACCUAAGCUAUACAAGCCGGCACACACAUUCCGUCCUAGGACCAGCGAUACAUAUAUACCUAAUUAUGGAAACAGAAGGUAGAAGAUAGAGAAAACCUUGCUGAGAGUGAUGAGGUUGUAGACUGAUCUAUUACUGAACAUUGGUGUUAAUAAUGGGUUAUAUUCACAGAUGAAGGAUUGCCGUCUAUACCGUUUAAUAAAGAGAGUACGAGAUGAAAAAACCGGUUGAACUAUAAAGUUUGUAGUUAUAAGCUUAAUAAUAUAUACAAGAACUAAAAAAUCAUGCGUGCCAG